AGUUGUUCAUUUACAUUUAUCAAAGAGUGGUUGAAUCUGGAAUAUUUCUUACAUUUCAGCGACUAUUUGAACGUUUGUAGAACAACUUUGGAAUAAAUAAACAGAUGUGUCUAUGGCUCAUCCUUAGGAAUUCAAACGUUACAGUAAUCGUUUACAAGCGAACCGUUGCAGCCUUUCGCCAGUGUAUUGGUAUUUCGCCCACAGCCAUGUCAACAACUAUAACUUUUCUAUAUUGGAUGACACUUCUUAAGGCACGGUGACAAUAGUAUCUCAACCGGAUACCCUCAUUGUAAACAAUGCGUCACAGAAGUACCUUAUUCGCAAUUUUGUGUUUAUGUCUUAAAACUGCAGCUCUACAAGACAAUGUUGUAGAUUUAGAUUUACGUAAUGGCGUCGUUAAAGGAUAUAGUCCUUAUAUAUCUUUCGUUCAACAACCAACAAAGAGUGGUAGCUUUUCGUGUGAUAAACAGGUAGUUCUUAAAAUUGAUUUCUCUGGAAAGUACGAUGGAGCCAGAUUUAUGUUUAAUUAUGGCGAACCUCCAAGAAUGUGGACCAUAGAUAUUUCAGAUUCUCCAACAGGAGACGGAUACGGGGGAGAUAAUGGUACCACGAGUAAUAUGGCAGAAAUACAAUUGCAUAAUAAGCAACUGCGUAUAUAUGGAAACAAUUUGAAAGGUCAUAUGGAUGCUUCGUCAGAUGGUGGGCUCUUGAUUCGAACUAUCGAUGACUUUAUUAGAAAAGGGUCACGUGUAAAAAUGGAUAUUAGUGAUGAAAGAAUCGAAUAUAAAUCAGGAAAAACGAAAGAUUAUAUAGAAUCAAGAUUUUUAUAUACACUAAAAGGACAAGAUACGGAAUAUGGAUUAAAGGAUUAUAGUGUUUAUGUUGGCUUAAAUCGUGUCGUAGCUGGAAGUUACAGGAGCGGAAGUGGCCUAUGCAGGGCGACCAUUACAUUGUAUUCAUUGCCCGAAGAUGCAUGCAAAAAAGGAACCCAUGACUGCCACAAAGAUGCAAUAUGUAUUAGUACUAGAAAAAGUUAUACUUGUAAAUGUAAUCCGGGUUAUUAUGAUGACAAAAAGGUUUGUAAAGACAGAGACGAAUGCAAUUAUGAUAAUGGAGGUUGUGUCCAUUUUUGCCAUAAUACACCAGGAAAUUACACAUGUAGUUGUAAACCAGGUUUCAUCCUGGACAAAGAUGGCCAGAACUGUAUAGAUGCGAAUGAAUGCUUUACGGCCAAAGGUGGAUGUCAGCACCAAUGUGUUAACAGCAUGGGAAGUUAUGAGUGUAGGUGUAAUGCUGGGUACUCCUUAUCCUCAGCAGAUUCCAAAUCUUGCCAAUUUGGACGUUGGUGUCAGGAUAGAUUGAAAUGUGAACAUUUCUGUCAGACAAAUGGUAUAUGUGGAUGUAGACAAGGUUACAGAUUACAUUCCGAUGGCAAGCACUGUUUACGUACAUGUUCUGCUGGUAAUGGUGGUUGUCAACACAACUGUACAAAUACACCAGAGGGUACAGCAUGUAUAUGUGCUCCUAAAUAUUUACUGAUGAGUGACAAAAGAACUUGUGUCGCUACAUGUGAAGUAAACAAUGGUGGUUGUGAUAGAAAAUGUACAGACACACAAGAAGGUCCGAAGUGUUCGUGUCCUAAAGGCUAUAAACUUCAUCAAGAUGGACGAACAUGUCUAGAUGUUAACGAAUGUGAAACAAAUAACGGCGAGUGUAGUCAUCAAUGUGUGAACAAUGUUGGUAGUUAUGAAUGUGUUUGUCCAAAAGGAUUCAAAGUUGAAAUAAAUCAGCGAAAUUGUGUAGAUAUAAACGAAUGUGAGGUAAACACUACAUGUGAUCACACGUGCGUCAAUACCCCUGGAAGUUAUCAUUGUCAAUGUGAUAAAGGAUAUCAACUGUACGGAAUAACACAUUGUGCAGAUAUUGAUGAAUGUUCCAUUAACGAGGGUGGAUGUGAAAAUGACUGUGAAAAUACCGAAGGUGGAUUCAGAUGUAGUUGUAGAAAUGGGUUUAAACUACAUUCAAAUGGAAAAGAUUGCAUCCCUAACAACAUUUGUGAUAAACUGACACAACCUAGUUAUUCGCGAUUAGACUGUCUAAAACAAGGAGAUAAAGAAACAUGCAACUUUCAAUGUCAAAGAACGGCAAAAUCAGCCACAACAAAAGACAAUUUUGCUCUAGAAUGUGGCCCGAAUACAAAAUUCCAAUGGAAAUUUGGUAACUCAACUGUGACGUCUCUUCCUCACUGUUCCAAAACUAUAAAAGGACCAAAACUUAAAAGAACUGUAACAUUUUUGUUUGUGGCAGACAAAUGUCGAACAAGGAGAAGUUUACGUGAGCUGAUACGAAGGAACAUAACACAACAGUUAAACGAACAGAAAAAGUAUAAAUGUCGUCAGACGUGUAAUGUGAAUACUGUUGAGAUUGAUUGCAAUGCUAGACUCCCGAAGAAAUUCCGAAAGUACACAAAAGCUAAGCAGGCUGUUGUGGCGGCAGAACUUGAAAUGGAAAUUGAUUCAUUGCCUGUUAAAGGAAAAUGUGAUGCUGCAUGUACUGCGAAAAGGACAGAACGUCGAAUGAAGAAAGCACUGAAAAAGAUGAGAAAAGCAGCAAAUAAAAAAGAUUUUUUCUUUAGAUAUGACAAUGCUGAUCGGUAUAUUCUGAAAAAAUCCUUAAAAUUUAAGAAAAAGGUGUAUUUCUCUUGUUCGGACGGAUUCUUAUUAGUCGGGGAAGCAUGUGUGGCAUGCAGUGUUGGAACGUUCUUUGACAAGAAACAAAAGCAAUGCAAAAUCUGUCCACGAGGAACAUAUCAAGAAAAAGAAGGACAAACAUUGUGCAAUCUUUGUCCUCAAGUCAAACUCGGUAUAGGAAUACUUGGAGCUGUCAACAUAACACAAUGUACAGUUUUAUGUCCACCGGGGUCGUAUUCCAAAGAUGGGAUGUUACCUUGCCUUGACUGUCCAAAAAGUUUCUAUCAGUCUGAAUAUGGUCGACUCAGGUGUGUUCCUUGCGGAGGAGGAUUGGAAACUACUGGUUUAGGAGCACGUAGCUUCAAACAAUGCUCUGCUAAAGCAACUUGUUCACCUGGCCAUUUCUACGACAUACGAACACACACUUGUCAAGUUUGUCCUACCGGCAGUUACCAAAUGGAAUAUGGUCAGAACUAUUGCACAGCUUGUCCUGGUGAUACCAUUACAGAUCAAGAUGCAACCACAAAUGUUUCUGAAUGUAAAAACGCAGCAUGUGGUGGACUCAUCGGAAAGCUACAUGGCUUCAUUCAAAGUCCAAAUUAUCCAGGAAAUUAUCCAAACAAUAGAGAAUGUAUUUGGAAAAUAAAACCUGGGAAGAAAAGAAGGAUCCUUGUCAUCAUUCCUGAAGUAUUUUUGCAACAGAUAGACAAAUGCGGUGAUAUCCUAGUAAUGAGACAAUCAAAAAAGCCAUCAUCUGUAACAUCAUAUGAGGCAUGUGAGACCAAGGAACGACCAAUUGCAUUCACUUCAAGAUCCAAAAGGAUGUGGAUUCAGUUCAAAUCUGAUGGCAAAAAUACAGCAGCUGGAUUUUCUAUACCAUAUGUAACUUAUAAUGAGGAAUAUCAACCACUUAUAGAAGACAUUGUAAAAGAUGGACGGCUAUACAAUUCAUAUCAACACCAACACAUUUUAAAGGACAGGAAACUGUUGAACGCGUUGAUGGAAGUGAUAGCACAACCAUUAAAUUAUUUUAAGUAUGCAAAUGUAUCGCAUACACUAAUGCCACAGUCAUUUAUUAAACUAUUGACUUCUAAAGUCAGAAGAUUCUUUUCCUCAUGACUAGACGUGGGAUAGUGAACACAUUCUGACAUUGUGUCAUUGUUCUAGUUCUUCAAAAUAGUGGCAGAUACUGGAGGACUACAUACGUUUCCCAUAGAUGAUGGAAAAUGUGACACAAUUUGUACACUAUACUCAAAGGAUCCCUCUCUCUGGUUCAAAAAUGUGAUGCAGUUGGACCGGAUUUGUGCUUUUGUACAUAUUGUAUGACGAUACUAGAGUUGUGUACAUAUAUGUUGGUUAAUUUACAUUUAAAAUAUUGAUAGUUGUCAAACAACUUGUAAAUAUGAUUCUCAAUUAUACAUCCCGGUCACUUUUGUCACCAUAAUUCAUUGUGUUCACAAAACUUAAAUUGAAAGGUAUUUAAUUUAUUUGUAAAUGCUUCAGAGUACAGGUGCUUAAAAUACAACCAACCAAGUGCAGAGACAAAUAUAUGCUUUUAUCGUUAGUCGGCACUUGUGAUAAUUGGUCUUACAUGAAAUAACAAUGUGUACUAAAAAUUUACUAUGAAAUUUAACAACAUAAUCCUUUCUGCUAGUCAACCAAACUCGAAAUCUGAAUUUCAAACUACAAAACAAAAGAAAAAAAAAGAUUUAACCCCAAAAAUGAAAUCCAGAAUACUUUAGUAUAAGGGGAAUUGAAAUUGAUAUACAAUACUAAAAAGGAGUUUAAAAUCAUAAAUAUGUUGUAAUGAAAUGACUGUUUUUGUGCUAUUAAUUGUGAUAAAAUGUAUUUUCGGAAAGCAAAAAUAUUAGUUUUAAUAGGGCAUUUACUGUCAUAUUCAUGUUCACCGAUUUGACUCAAAUUAUCAUAUUUGAUUUAUUACAUACUAAAUCGUUUAUCCAAAUUAUAAAAAGUCUUAAAUAAAAAAUUUACAAUGCAUAGGCUCGAUAAUAUGUAUCAGCAUUUUGUGCGUAUUUAAGUCAAGACGCCAUCUAAUUUACCAUCAAGCUGACCCCCGAAGACUGCCGACGGUCAUAUAACACGAUAUAAACAUAAAUAUAGAUAUAAAUAUAAAGCGAACUCGUGCAAUUGGAUUUUUCUAGGUCUGUUUGAAUUCAUAUUAUAGGUUAAAUAUAUAUGUUAAUCAUCGUUUUUACCUGUAUAAGAAUGAGUUUUUGUGGAUCGAAUCAGUCAAUCAAAUGGUUAACCCUUGUUUCACUUUGAAUGUUGACAUUUUUCUUUUAAUAACUGAACACUUCUAAACUUCUAAUGCAUGCGUAACCCAUCUCUAGCUAAGGGGUUAAAUUGAAGGUCACAUGAAUACGGAUUCAAUGAGGUCGAAUUAUUCACUUGCAAGUGAAUUAUUCAUCAGCGAUGUUUCUUAGAUUAUUUUGACAAAAUUGAACCAAACUGGCUUCUAAAAGCGAAUUAUUAUUUCACUAUUUCACUUUCAUUAAUGAUUGAACAAAAAAAAACAACAUAUUUUAAUCUUUUUAUAUUUCGUAGCUAAUGCCCCUUUAAUAGAGACUUCGUGAGAAGCGACGUAAUUCCAACUUUAAUAUCAGACUUACCUCUCAAACAAUGCAUGCACUGUUGAAGUGAUGAAACAUUUUUACAUUGAAUAUGUCUCCAUUUAACCAGAUAAUAUUAAAUAUGAUGGAUUACAUUCGUUGAUAGACUAUGUCGACUUCCUUCGAAUUUGAAGUUUUUUGUUUCAUCGUUUAGAUAAUAAAUAGCAAAUGCCCAUAUUUUGAUUUCAUUUUGUUAGUGCGUUUCAGGGGUCAAACUUUUAACAAAAUAAAAUUGUUAACAGUUUGUUUACUUCAGUGCGCCUUGCAUUUAACAUUAGAGGCACUGAAAUAAUCAUCAGUUAUACAGACUUUGCAAAAAUUGCGGUUUCUAUGUAACAUGUUGCUAGGCUUCCCUAGCAGGUUGCAAAAUGUUUUACUGAUGUGUGUAAAACUGAUUGAACUGAUUGGUUGUGUAAAACAAACCGAUGGAACUGAUUGGUUGUGUAAAACAAACCGAUUGAACUGAUUGGUUGUAUAAAACAAGAUUGAACUGAUUGGUUGUAUAAAAUGUAUAAAACGGAUUGGUAGUGUAAAACACACUACAAUUGUUUCAAUAUUUAACAUAUUUCAUUUUAGUUUGCAAAUAACACUAUCUAAUAAAACUUUCAAGCAAAUGCUUUAAAUCUUGCAACCACAGAAUGGAGAAUAAUUCCCCUGUGAUAGAUUUUACCCCUUAACAUUAUGCUAAAGUGAACAUGAAUUUGCUGACUUUGUGUGUUUUACAUCAACAGAGAAGCUGUAAAACAAAUGUUUAGUUGUACAAAUUUUGUAGAUUAUUUUCAGUUAUUGUCGAAUUCUUGUAUAUUUUGUCAAUAAAUGUCUAAAUCUUCA